AUGUCUUCUUCUGGGAUAAAGCUUGAAAAUUAUCUAAUUCCACUAGAGGAGAUUAGCGGUGCCACCGAAAACUUCAGUCAACAACGAUGUAUCGGAGCCAGGAUAGCUACCAAGGAGUUCAAUAACGAACUUCAGAUGAUUUCCCAAUUCAGCCAUGAAAAUGUCAUCUCCUUUAUUGGUUACUGUAAUGAAGGCAACGAGAGGAUCAUAGUUUAUGAAUAUGCUGUGAAUGGAAGCCUCGACCAUCAUCUCCAAGAUCCAAAGAAGAUGUCCUCCAUAACAUGGACACAGCGCCUCAAGAUCUGCAUAGGGGCUGCACGAGGACUUAAUUACCUUCACUCGGGUUGUGGCCAGAAUAACAGACCAAAUACCCAACUCCAUACAAAGGUUGCGGGUACCCAGUUUUACCUGGAUCCGAGUUACCAUGAAAGCAGCAUCCUCCAAAAAGAAUCUGACAUAUACUCAUUUGGGGUAGUACUUUUUGAAAUGCUGAGUGGGAUGCUCGUCUAUCAUACAAGGAGCAUUGGAGAAGAUGGGCCACAGCAUCUCAUAAAUUUGGUCCGACGAUAUUAUCCCAAGGAACUACACAAUUUAAUUGACCCGAAUAUAAGAGAUCAAGUUGAUAGUUAUUCGUUUGAUGCGGUUAAGGAAAUUGCUUAUCAGUGCAUUAAUUUAAAUAUUAAGGAACGCCCUAAGAUGGAAUUGGUCAUUGAGAGGAUUGAAGCAGCAAUGGAUAUUCAAGAGAAUGUUCCAAUCCUUAUGGAGUGCGUGGUGGAAGACAUUGGUUUCAGUAAUGGCAUACCUGUUGCAGCAUUUACCAUAUACAAAUGCCUUCUCCAUUGGAAAUGUUUUCAAGCUGAAAGAACAAAUGUGUUUGAUCGAAUUAUUCAGAUUUUUCUUCUCGAAAAGGAGGAUCACGAUAAUAAGAAACGAAUGGCAUACUGGUUAUCAAAUGCGUCUAAUUUGUUAUUCUUAAUUCACAAAAGUCAAAUACCUGAUGUUCAAAGUAAAGCUCAGAGACAAAGACCUGCAAUUUCUCUAUUCGGAAGAAUGACAAAGGGAUUACAUUCACCCAUGUCUUCUGUCAACCUUACUGAGGAUAAGGUAGUACAACAAGUUGGAUUCAAAUACCCAGCAUUACUUUUCAAGCAGCAACUAACAGCCUGUGUAGAAAAAAUAUAUAGCAUUAUUCGGGACAACUUAAAAAAGGAGUUGAGAUCAUCACUUGCGUUAUGUAUUCAGGUCCCACAAUUGUCAAAGAAGGUGCUAAGCUCUGGACAAACAUUUGGCAAAGAUUAUCCACUCAAUCACUGGCAAGAAAUGGUGGAUUGUCUCAACACUCUUCUCCACUCACUGAAAGAAAAUUUCGUGCCUUCGAUAAUUGUUCAGAAAAUAUUUGCUCAAGCUUUCAAAUACAUCAAUGUCCAGCUCUUUAAUAGUCUUCUUCUCUGCCAGGAGUAUUGUACCUCAAGCAACGGGGAAUACGUGAAAGCAGGUUUAGCAAAGUUGGAGUUAUGGUGUUUUGAGGCAAAAGAAGAGAAUGCUGGCUCAGCGUGGGAUGAACUUGUGCAUACUAGACAGGCUAUCGGGUUCUUGGUUAAACAAGGGAAACCUAAGAUAUCGUAUGAUGAAUUAAGUAAAGAUCUAUGCCCGUCAGAUCACACAUCACACAUCACACACUGUGGGUUUAAGCAAAUGGCGUAUCUUCAAGAACUAGAGAAACCAAGCUAUGCAUUGUACAUUGACCAUGGCUUUAUCAACUUCGCACAUUUCCUCCCAUCUGAAUUUGGAGGAUUAAGAAUAAGCUAA